UAUGCGGGGCCCCGGAAAUGCCUGCUCAACGCUAACCCAAUGAACUUCAUUUCGACAUGUGGAAGAAACAUUCUCCAGGUUAGGAUGAACGUUUACCGCAUCAUGCUGGUACGUCUUGAAGCUUGUUCUGCAUACCUAUAAAUCCAAGAUGUCCGGACCUCGACCUGGGCAGUUCACUUUAUCCCGUCAAAAUGUCGAUCUUGAAGGUGUCUCAGUUGAUCGCUCUUUUGUCGACGUUGGCUCAGUGCCAUCCGACUAGCGGAGGGCAUAAGGAGCUCUUGGUACAUACCGGCUCUUUCACUGUUCAAGGAGUGGCAUGGCCAAACUCGACUGAUGUUUCCUUCUGGGGCAACAUUCCGUACGCCGAACCCCCAAUUGGCGAACUUCGGUUCCGACCACCAGUCACCAAAAGUGCCACAAACAAGACAAUCGAUGGAUCAUGGUUUGGCCCGUCUUGCAUACAGUACAGCAACGGCCAAAAGACCGUAUACUCGGAGUACCUCAAGGGCUUCCUUCUCACUCCGGGCCAGGUGCAGAGCGAGGACUGUCUGACGCUGAACGUUUGGGCUCCCUCAAAGAAGCGAGCGAGCGAGAAGCUGCCAGUUAUGAUUUGGAUACAUGGUGGUGGGUUUACAUCGGGUGGAGCUGCGAGUCCCUAUAAGUAUGGAGAUCGUCUCGCGAAAGAUCAGAAUGUUAUUGUGGUAGCCCUCAACUACCGACUGAACAUCUUUGGAUACCCCAAUGCUGCAGCACUAGACGGAAGGCACCUCAACCCCGGUCUGCUUGAUCAGCGCAAGGCAGUUGAGUGGACCUACAACAAUAUCGCUGGCUUUGGUGGAGACCCAGAACGCAUGGUCCUGUUCGGUCAAUCAGCUGGAGGUAUGGCUGUCGAUAAAUAUGCCUAUGCCUACCCUGAAGACCCGAUUGUCAAGGGUUUCAUUGCACAGUCAGGCACAUCAUCAGGCGGCGCCUCCAAUGACCCAACCAACUCGAACUUCACCUACCUUGCUUCCCAGGUCGGAUGUACGGACACCGGUAAUGACGAGAUCUUCUCCUGUAUGCAGAAAGCAAACGCCACCGCCAUCAUUGAGGUACUGAACAAGUACAACGCGACUGCGAACGGCGGCAGGGGUCUAUCAUUCAACCCAUCGCCGGACAACAUCACGAGCUUCUCGAACUACACCGACCGUCAGCUUCGCGGACGGUUCGCAAAAGUCCCGACCAUCUUGGCACAAGUCAACAAUGAAGGUGCUUCGCUGGUUGCCUACGUUCCAUCUGGACCAAACCAGACUGCAGUAGACGCUUUCACACGCAACAUCGCUACCUGUCCUGGUGCAAAGGGAGCUCUUGCGCGAAAGACGUACAACGUGCCCGUAUGGCGCACUCGGUACUUCGGAGAAUGGCCGAACCUGAAUCCCCUCCCAUGGCUUGGAGCUUACCACUCUUCCGACAUUCCAAUGGUGUUUGGCACUUCCGACCUUCUGGGGCCCGACACGCCUGCUGAGGCGGCGACGUCGAAGUACAUUCAAGAUGCUUGGGCAGCCUUUGCGCGGGAUCCAGAGAAAGGCAUUACAUGGGCUCAAUAUGAUCCGAAUGCGGACACACUUGUCAAGCUCGGCUUCGAGAACAACACGCAAGCUGUGUAUGGACCCGGUGAUGAGUUCGAUGCGCUGUGCUAGGACAUGAUAUAAUAGAGUCAAUGUACUAUUUCCAAAAGUAAUCUAUGAACAAGGCC